AUGACCACGCCAACAGUCUUUCGCGAGUUUGCAGAGAAGAUCCGCACCAUUCUAUCAUCCCGAACGCCCGAGACCGUGCUGAUGGCAAUCCGUGCCCUGGCAGAAGGCAGCGCCGCAACGCUCGAUGAUGGCACCAUUGUCCUACCACUGUCCGAUCUCUGCCCACACCCCGAGCCUAUCGAUUCGAUAUCUCUUCUGCUCUACCAGGAGACGAUGACCUCUUUGCUCCGCUGGGGCCUGCAGGUCUUCCCGCAACAACCAACAUAUCGAGAGCCCAAUCUCUGGCGCUCCAUGGCCAUCCUCGACGGCCCGCGGGGAUACAAUCAGCGACUGGUUGAUACAGAGGACACCUGGCUGGACAUGAUGACACAGCGUAGGGAGCCCCUCCCGGAAGAAGUUGUUUGCGAUCCGGAUAUGCUCCCGAUGCUCCCAUCGAUGACUCGCGGGCCGGUACGCCCUCUAGACGACGACCUAACCUACAUCGAGAAUCUACUACGCCGUGACCGCACUGUUCAUACCGUGCUCGCCACCCGGUGCCCGUUCGGCUGGAAGAGGCUGUGGAUCGAGUGCGUCUGCCUUCACGUUAGCGCCGACGAGACGGCCGCGCUACUCGCGGUCCUCCCCGACCAGGAUACGCCCACAAUUGUGCUCAAUGCUCAGAUCCGCGAGAUGGCCGGCCCGGCAGCCGAUGCCGAAGAUAUCCUGGGACUCGCUGGACUGGAAAGCUGGGAGGCGAGCCAGCGCAGCUUUGUGUUACGCAAGAACUUGAUGUUGCGCCCUCCGCAACACCCAGGCCGCCUUAGCCAUGGUCAAUCGAUCUCGCUACAGAAGGAGGAGUCCAAGGGUUCUGUUGGGGUGUUUCUCGCCCCUACCAGCAACAAUGAUGACGGGGAAAAAUAUGCCCUCACAGCGUAUCAUGUACUACCAUAUUUAGAGAAGAAACAAACCCAGGUGAUAACGCCCGGAGGGCUUGACAUCCUGAGUGAGUUGUUCAAAACCGUUUCUGAGGCAGACAGUCAGAGUCGCGCGCGUCUAUUAUCGGCAUGGGUGGAGCCAUGUGGCACUGUGGUCCAUGGCGAUAUCGGGGUCAAUAGUCAGGGCUGGCGGAGCGACUUAGCCCUUGUACGCCUUGCAGACGGAUGGGAGUGCCAUAAUGGGAGGUGGUUUAACAGUCGGGGGACAGACGUUAUGACAGAGCUCUUGAGUGUCACGAAAGAGGCGCCACGUCCACCAGCCACAUUCAAUCUGCACCACAUAGUAGGACCAGCCGAUCCGGAUGCCGGCGCGAUCGUUUACAAGGACGGGGCGCGCACCGGGUGCAGCGCCGGACGUGUCGGCCCGUUCGAGUCGAAGAUGUUCCGUGCCCGCACUGCUGAUAGUUCCGACAUGUCGGACCCGACGGUAAUGGUGGCCCGUUUGCUGACGCUAUACCCGCUGAGUGAGGCCACAGAGCCAGUUUGCGGCACUGGCGACUCUGGGGCUGGUGUCUUCAUGCCGUGCUACGCUAUGGGCGGCUGGCAGUGGGCCGGGCAGUUGGUUAGUCUUGGGCUUGUGCGCAAUCAGACGAUCGGGCUGUUCGUGCCGUCGUCUGCGGUCCUGCUGUCCCUCAGGGAGAUAACGGAGAGGGAAUGGAGACUGGUCUAA